AUGUUGGCCACAAAGCCCCUACCUGUCCCUGUGCGCCUGAAAAGAACCAAGACAGGUUGUACGUCUUGCAGAAAGGCGAGGAAAAAGUGCUGUGAGCAAAAGCCUCAGUGCGCCCGAUGUUCUCUCAAAGGACUGGGCUGCGUAUAUGACUUCGUCGAGAAACCCCGUCCAAAGUACUCCCGAAAGACCUCACCAGGCUCUCAAAGAGCUCGCCACACCCUCCGGGGUCAUCGAAUAAAGCCAGAGGAAGGUUUCAUGCACACCUUUGAGGUAGCCAAGCCAACUGUGGCGCAAUCGCCCGAGAGGAAGAAGGAGGCCUGCACGCCUCCAAGCCAACUUGACAUGGACCUUUGCAACAUGGACAUAGACGAGUCACUGGAUUUCUUCGAAAACCUGGGCAGCAGCAGCGACUCGGAAGCCUGUUCACUUCUCACCAACAACAUCACUGACGACUCGGCGUCAGCACGCUCACUCUCCGUCGAUCCUAGCUCACUUCCACUCGAACUACAAUUUCCAGCGUUCUCCGAUUUCGCCGACGACAGCCACAGCAGGAAGCUUCUGCAGUACUUUUGCGACACGCUUUCCCACCUUAUCGUUUUCGUGGAAGAGCCGAACAACUCGUUCCAGAGUCUGGUCGUCCCACUCGCUUACCCCAACUCGCCCGUCCUUCAUGCUAUAUGUGCUUUCACCAGUAGACAUCUCGAGAAUAUCGGUAUCCAAAACGACAGACAUUCCUCAGAGUACCAAACAAUGGCGGCAAAGGGGGCGUUUGAGUUAGUGAGGUGGAGGUGUCAACACGAGGAGGUGUUAGCAACCCUCAUGCUAUUAGUAUACUACGAAUCGCUCACGUCUUCCAACACCUCCGAGAUGGCCAUUGGGCAUCUCCAAGCAGCAUUUCUCGUCCUCAGUUCUACCCCAGAGUCGGAAAGAACGGAGAGCAUACGGUUCCUUGAAAAGGCUUUUCAUUACUACGAUGUGAUAUCGGCAUUGUCCCUCGGAAUCAGCCCAGUUUCCGCUGUGCCAAUGUCCGACUACACAUACCCGCUUGCCGUUCUACCGCCUCCAAGGCAAAGCAACGGGGCACACGGCGACCCUUUUCUUGGGGCGAUGGUAGACCUUUGGCCGGUCUUGUACCGCCUCACCAUGGUCGGGUCUUUGAAAGAGGAACUCGAUGCCGCUCUUGUCGCAAACGAAAACAGAAAGGCUGCCGUCCUCCAGGUGGAAUUCGAGGCAACGACAAAGGCAAUUGAGAAGGCGCUUCAAGAUUGGCAGCCCGCUAUCAAUAAUAAGGACGUUGUGCCGUCUACUCAGGAGGAAGAAGCUCGCGUGCUAGCAAUGGGCCACAACUCUCUGGCCUACCGCCAUAGUGCGCUGUUGUACUUGCACCGCAGCAUCUACGGAUAUCCUAUGAAACACCCCGAUGUCCAAAAGAGCAUCAGGCUGUCUCUGGAGAAUUGUGCGGCGGUUGUCACGUCGGGUGGGCCGGUGAAUGCCCUUUUAUGGCCCCUUUUCGUGGCAGCAUACCACGCCGUAACGGAUGAUGAUCAGGGUCUGGCAAAAGUUUUGUUUGCGGAGAUUGAGAGACGACAGGGGAUGAGUAACGUGGGAGGAGCUCGAGAAGUUGUGUUUAACAAAUGGGCUGCCGCAGGCGUGGACAGCAUAGACUACGGUGACAAAACAUGGACAGGAAUUACAAGAGGCAUGGAGCAUAAAAUAAUCAUGGGCUAA